GAAUUCUGAGGCUUGGGAGGAUCUUGCUGCGCUUGAGAAGGAUUAUGAGGAAUGGGGUCCGAUUUUUUUGGCUUAUACGCCGAAUCAUCUUGUGCAGCUCUUGUUGUUGCUUCCAUAUCAUCCUUCGGAAUUCAUCAUGAUUUCACUGCAAUGUGUUAUCCUUUGCUUAUUAGUUCCAUAGGUAUUCUUGUUUGUUUGGUCACCACCCUUUUCGCAACUGAUUUCUUUGAAAUCGCGGCUGUCAAGGAAAUGGAACCAUCAUUGAAGAAACAACUUAUUAUUUCCACCAUCCUUAUGACUCUGGGAAUUCGAAUUGUUAGCUGGAUUGCCCUUCCACCAUCAUUCACAAUCUUCAAUUUUGGUGCUCAGAAGGUUUUUAAGAACUGGCAGCUGUUCCUGUGUGUGGCUGUUGGUCUUUGUGCUGGACUUAUUAUUGGGUUCGUGACUGAGUAUUACACCAGCAAUGCAUACAGCCCCGUACACGAUGUUGCAGAUUCCUGCAGGACUGGAGCUGCCACCAAUAUUAUAUUUGGACUUGCCUUGGGAUACAAGUCUGUCACAAGUCCUAUUUUUGCCAUUGCAAUCAGUAUUUUUGUUAGUUUCAGCUUUGCAGCCAUGUAUGGAAUUGCUGUGGCAGCUAUUGGAAUGCUAAGCACCAUUGCUACUGGAUUGGCCAUUGAUGCUUUUGGCCCCAUCAGCGACAAUGCUGAAGGCAUUGCUGAGAUGGCCGGCAUGAGCCAUCGUAUCCGUGAGAGAACUGAUGCCCUUGAUGCUGCAGGAAACACCACUGCAGCUAUAGGAAAGGGAUUUGCCAUUGGAUCUGCUGCACUGGUGUCUUUGGCACUGUUCGGUGCCUUUGUGAGUUGUGCCGGGAUUUCAACAGUUGAUGUCUUGAUCCCAAAGGUCUUCAUUGGUUUGAUUGUUGGUGCAAUGCUUCCAUACCAGUUCUCUGCCAUGAAGAGUGUAUUAAGUGCAAUUUGGAAAGAAAUUGAGCAAUCUGAGAGCUACCUUGUUUGCUGUAUGUUUGAGGAGGCAGCAUUAUUGGCUUCUUCUGUUUUAAAGAGAGUAUGCAGUGAUAAAUCUACUCAAACUAAAGAAGACAUCCAGCUGCUAGAGACUAUAGAAUCAGCUGGUAUGGUGUUAGUUCAAUCUUGGAAGGAACUUGGCAGGUCUUCAAAAAUACUUGAUGAGCUUAAAGAAUUGUUCAGUUCAGUUACUGAUAUUCCAGUUUCAGUUCUUCUUGCCAGUGUGUGUUUCCAGUUAGCAGAAGGGUCUUCUUUUGGUGUUCAAGAAUUUCACGAGGCAUUCUUGAACAAGUGGAGGUAUGUGGAUGAACAAUACUAUGUUCUUGCUGGUGCAGAAGCUGAUAUUAGAAACACAGCCGGAUGUUAUGGGCGUUUUGUGUUGGGCGUUGAUAAAUAUUUAGAAGUUGCUGAGGUUUAUGUUGUUACGCUUCUGGGGAUGGUUUUAAAUGAUAUAGACCUUGCUGUCUCUUGGGUUGAGAAUGCUGCAUUACCUGAAGACCACCAACAGCAGCAGCAGCAGCAACAUCUGCAUUCGCCACAGCUUCAACAGCUGCAACUGCAGCAUCUUCAGCCACUGCAGCUACCGCUGCAGUUGCAACAUCAUGUGCCAGAUAUGUUGCAAUCAAGUUGCCUUCUGUUGCAUCAUCCAACUUCCUAGAUGGGAUAUAGGGUGUACUUUCAGGGGCUGCUAGAGGAUGCGGUUGGCAGAAAAUUGGUGCAGUUAUCAAUCUUAGAUCUUAUUAUCUGGUUGUUUCUGUUAUUUUUCAGUUCAGCCUUCAUAGCUGAAAUUUCUUGGAGCAGAUCUGUUCUUAUUUCUACCGUUGCCAGCCUUCAAUGCUGGUGGUUUCAAAUGAUCAGGCCUUAAUUGCCAUGGGAUCAUUGUUUGUGAUCAGCCUUCAUUGCUGAAAUUUAUUGGAGCAAUUUCUGUUCUUAUUUCUACCAUUACCAGCCUUCAUUGCUGGUGGUUCCGAAUGAUCAGGCCUUAAUUGCCAUGGGAUCAUUGUUUGUGAUCAGCCUUCAUUGCUGAAAUUUAUUUCUUACCAGCCUUCAAUGCUGGUGGUUGACCAGCCUUCAUUGCUGAAAUUUAUUUCUUACCACCCUUCAUUGCUGAUGGUUGACCAGCCUUGAUUGCUAGUGGUUUCAAAUGAUCAGGCCUUAAUUGCCAUGGGAUCAUUGUUUGUGAUCAGCCUUCAUUGCUGGUGGUUUCGAAUGAUCAGGCCUUAAUUGCCAUGGGAUCAUUGUUUGUAAUCAGCCUUCAUUGCUGAAAUUUAUUUCUUACCAGCCUUCAUUGCUGGUGGUUUCGAGUGAUCGGCCUUAAUCGCCAAGACAUCAUUGUUUGUGAAGAAUGUAGGAGGUUGCAGAGACAACUGCUACCACACAAUCGGAGGAGAUUGUUCGAUCCCAACAAAUUGCAAAAUAUCCAGGCAGGGGUAAAGUAGUUCAGUGUUUCAGAGUAUUGUAUCCAAGCUGGGAAUGGAAAAUACCUAUUCACGAGCUUGAGGGGGAGUGUGGGAAAACAUGUUUUGUAUUUUAUGAUGUAAAUAGCUUAGUUUAGUUUAUAUUCAAAGCAGCUGUAAAUAAUGCUGCAAAUCAGGCAGCAUGCAGGCACUGAACAUGUACCUGAAAUUCUGGCAGCAUGUUCCAGAAAUUCUGGCAGCAUUUAGGUGCUGAAAAUCUGCCUGAAAAAAUGGCACCAACUAUGUAAACUUCUUCUAUAUAGUGAUAACAAACCCUAUGGAAGGGUAAGACAUUCAGACCAAAAA